GCCAAUUUUCAUUUUGGAGGAUUAAACGAAAAUAUUGGCGGGUCCCCAAAAUUUCACCCAAUUAACCUGAAAAAUGUUGAAUACUAAAAAGUUUAUGCCCAAAAAAUUUCACUCUCUCUGUCCUCCUUCAGUUUGUAAACUCUUGGCUUUCUAAGAAUUUUGUUUUGCCAAAACCCAAUUCAAGUAUGUGAAAAACCAUUGUUCUUGGGAAUUGCCGCCACCCUCUGUUAACGUGGGUAGUUGUAACUGUCUUCAAAGGGUUGCUAAAGUAUAUACAUAGUUGUCUGCCUAAAUCCACCAACACAAAACCCUAGAAUUGGUGACUGAUGUAGGGGUGACACCGUGUUGUUGAAAGUGUGAUAGUUGCUAGCUUUAGUCUGCUGGUGAUGCAUUGUAGACGCAAGGAUUGUUGGUAACACUUUGGAAUUUGCUUUUAUUUUGGCCGUCAUCUAAAAGGUUUUAUGAUUCUGAGGUUACUAAUGCAAUUGUUAAUACAUCCUAUAAGAUGUAUUUUCGUGGACCAUGGUGUAAUUGGUCUAUGGUUCCCCCAGAAGCCCGAGCUCUAUGGUGGAAUGCCUUUAAGAAAAAAUUUUCAUGGGAUCCUUCGGUGGCUAAGGAUGUGAAGAAAGGAUGGGAGACGAAAUGCAAGAGGCGAUUGACAGGUGUUAUAUCAACAAUGUGUACAAGGAAAAACUAUUCUGCUACGUGGUGUGCUCCAAGCAUUAAAUUACAUAUAAUGAAGCUUAGAGAAAAGGAUGAGUUCAAAGAAAAGUCAAAGCAAUGUUCCUUGAACAAAAAGAACCCUGAAAAAGAAAUGCCACUUCACUGUAAGGGUUCCAAAUCAUCUGUCAAGCUAAGGAUUGAUCUGGAGCAGAAGCUAAAGCGUAAGGUAACUGUAGCCGAGGUCUACCGCGAAGCUCAUGUGAACAAGAAACAAAAGUUUGUUGAUAAGACCUCUGAAAAUGUUUGGGCUAAUUUUGAGAAGAAGAAAGCUGAUAAUUUAGAAGUUCCAGAUUAACGACCAGAAGAUGAGUUAUUUUUGGAGUCUGUAGGUGGAUGGAAGAAUGGGAGGAUAUAUGGUUUAGGUUCAGCAGCUAAUGAUUUCUAUGAGAAACCUUGUAAAGAUAGUAGUGUUAAGAAAGCGAGAAUUAAUCAUGUUAAUCAUCUCGAGAGUCAAGUGGAGCAAGUUAAUUCAGAGAAUGCCCAACUGAAACAACAAUUAGAUGAAACAAAGGGUGUCCUCACUGCAACUACUGAAAAAUUGGAUCAAACAAAUCAGAUUGUGAAGACUCUACAACAACAAAUGCAAAUUCUUUUGAGUGGACAUUUUGAUGUGAUUGGUACUGCUUCGUCAACUAAUCUCCCGCCUACACCCCAUGUUCCUUAACAUUUUAAGAAUAGCAAUUUGAUAUAUGAAGUACCAGGUCCUUGAAAUUAUUGAUCAGUCUUUUGCCGUGAACUUUUUUUUAUUUUUCAAGCAGUUUAUUUAGUAAUGUAACAUAGCAGGUGGGCUCCCCUAUAUUCAAGGAGUAUAUAUGACAUAGUUUUGGGCACUUUUUGUAAAUGGUACUCUAACGUUGACUUAGAUUAGUUCUAAGUAGUAGGCCUGCUCUUUUUUUUGUGAGCAAAAUAUUGUUAUCAAGGCUAAUAUCCCUUGUAAUUUUAAUACAUUAUUGCUACUAAUUUACAAUGUUUAACUAAUGAGCUUAUUUUAAAAUCA